UCGAAGAGUCGGGCGCAGCCAUUAGCUUGCCCUUUUUUUCUUUUUCUUUUCAGUGCCGUAGGCGUCGGACAGAGCGUCUGUUGGCUGACGUCGUUGCGUCGACGGUAUUUCUGCACCGCUCACGCGUGUGCUUGCUGUGAGCUUUGUCCGAAUUCAAGUCGCUGGAAUUCCUUACCUUCACAAUAAGCCCAUGACUCUCGUGAAAUGCCUUCAUGAGUUGCGGAUCGCUGUAAAAUUUUCCAUUCUGAGUUUGUGGAGUGUGCGAUGUCUUUUGUUGCCUGGAAAUCUGUCUGGGAAGCAGGUUAUGGAUCUUGAGGUUUGCAACAUGAGCUGAUUGGUUUGCUUUCGAACGGAAUUUUGGUUGAUCCUACUUCUCUGUGCUGGUUGCUAUGUCUUGAUUCUAAGCUGCAUGUGAGGAUUCAAUUUUUUUUAUUGCCUCUAUGGUUUCUGAACUUUCGUGCGUACUUGAAUUGAUCGCUACUGGGGAAUUUGUGGUAUAUCUCGAAGAUAUCACUUGGAAUCUGAAUCUUGGACGGGCUUUUUAGAGCAGUGGAGUUUUAGGAUUUAAAGGGUGGUUCUGCAGUGUUGGAGAGUUGCUGCGUUUACAGCAUGGGUGGGGAUACCCAAUCGCCACUAAAUGGCGACGUGCACGAGUCUCUGGAGGCCUUGCAUUUGGCGGAGGGAGAUAAUGGAGCAGUAGAGGACAACGGAUCAGCUCCUGGUGCGGAUGCGGCGGCAGUGGCAACGAAGAAGAAGAAGAGAAACAAGAAGAAGACGAGCAAUGGAGCGGGGAGUGCAGUUGAUGUCCCAGAAGCCGCUGCCAAUGUCCCGAAUGGUAACAACGCAGAUGGUGCCACCCCAGGCGAUGAUGAAGAAGAUGAGGCUGGGGGUGAUGAUGUCACAGAAAAGAAAAAGAAGAAGAAGAAGCCUAAGAGCAAGAAGAAGAAUAACGUGCUGGAGCAGACGGACCCUCCAUCCAUUCCUGUGAAGGAUUUGUUUCCUUCAGGAGACUUUCCUGAGGGGGAAAUUCAGCAGUACAAGGAUGGUAAUUUGUGGAGGACAACUUCCGAAGAAAAGCGUGAGCUGGAGAGGCUAGAGAAACCAUUGUACAAUGCCAUCCGUCAGGCUGCCGAAGUGCAUCGUCAGGUGCGGAAGUACAUCAGAACGUACGCCAAACCAGGGGUAGCCAUGGUGGAUUUGUGCGAGACUUUGGAGAACAUGGUGCGAAGGCUUAUUUCGGAGAACGGGCUGAAGGCCGGCAUCGCCUUUCCUACGGGUUGCUCCUUGAAUUGGGUGGCAGCACAUUGGACUCCCAACUCCGGAGAUAAAACAGUGCUCCAGUACGACGAUGUGAUGAAGUUGGAUUUCGGUACACACAUAGAAGGGCGGAUCGUUGACUGCGCGUUUACGGUGGCAUUUAAUCCACAGUUCGAUCCUCUGCUGGAAGCGUCACGAGAGGCCACAAACACUGGAAUCCGGGAAGCUGGAAUCGACGUUCGGCUUGGUGACAUCGGGGCCGCCAUUCAGGAGACGCUAGAGUCUUAUGAGGUUGAGAUCGGAGGGAAGACAUUCCAAAUCAAGAGCGUGAGGAAUUUGAACGGUCACAGCAUCGGACCGUAUCAAAUUCACGGUGGCAAGUCGGUUCCUAUCGUGAAAGGAGGGGAACAGACGAGAAUGGAGGAAGGGGAGUUUUAUGCGAUCGAGACGUUCGCAUCCACGGGGAAAGGGUACAUCAGGGAAGAUCUGGAGUGCAGUCACUACAUGAAGAACUUCGAUGUGGGUCAUGUGCCUCUGCGGUUACCGGCUGCAAAGAAGCUGUUGGCAACAAUCGACAAGAACUUUUCAACGCUAGCGUUUUGCCGGCGUUAUCUUGACCGGCUGGGAGAGACGAAGUACCUGAUGGCAUUGAAGAAUUUGUGUGAUCAAGGAGUUGUGCAGCCAUGCCCUCCUCUGUGCGAUGUGAAGGGAAGCUAUGUGUCUCAGCACGAGCACACGAUAUUUAUGCGACCAACGUGCAAGGAAGUUGUGUCUCGAGGAGAUGACUUCUGAGAGUUACAAUGUUAUCUUUGGGGUUGUUUAUAGUGUCGAUAUGUAGUUGCCGUGCUUGUAUGUUAGGUGCCCAAAAUGUGGGUUGUGUCUUGGUUCGGCAGCUUCUAAUCUUCUGAACAAUACAGUUCUCAGUAUACGUGAUAUUUUACCUGGUAUAUGUGCUCAUUGCAAAAGAGCUGUUUGUUUUUUUCGUAGUUUUUUGGGAUCAAGGGCCGAUGCCUAAUGCGUUUUCACGUGUCAUUCCUGGUUAUGUCGUUCCUCUUAGUCACUGGUCCUGUGGGAUUUAUGUCCUGCAGCGUGUUUAAAUCCCAACCGGUGUAGAAAGUGCUUUAUGGUUCUCCUCACGGAUCAUGAAGUUUAAAGAAGUGUUACGAUCUUUUUCAAACCUCGCCCAUAACAGCGCAUCUGCUAGUAUCCCAUUCUGCCACACCUCAUUUGUAUUUAAUUUUCGCUUAAAAGUUUAGUUGAUAGCAGACUUUA